AUGGCGCUCUCGUCGAGAAUGUGGACACAGAUUCAAGGUGUUGAAGAGGUGCUGGAAAGGAAUCUCCCACCACACAUCUCGAAGCUUGCUUCCCCAGCAGAUCAGCGCAAAGGAAGCGGCACCACACGGAACAGCACCAAUGAGAGUAAGGAACAGGCCAGAGACAGCCGCCGGCCCAGAAGUCGAGCCGCCCACGAUUGGGGUGGCCAACUGGAACUCCAACCAUUUAGCGGAGAGACUGGUGUGAUAAAGCAGCAGAAGCGUCCAUGCUACGGGCUGCAGGUGCCCAAUCAGAAGAGGUAA